CUAUCUCUUCCGUCGCUCAUCGUGUUCCGGUCUUUCCCUAGCCACCCACAAUCGCUCCCUCGCGCCUCUCCGUCUCUUCCUUCGCGUCAGAUUCCGAUUUUUCCCACAACCCUAAAGCCUACGCCACCCACAGUCGCUUCCUCGCGCGUCUCCGCCUCUCUUCCCUCUCCAGCGCUCCCUCGCUGCUGCCGCCCGUUCCCUCUCUGCUGCCGCUCCCUCGCUGCUGCCGCCGCCGCCUGUUCCCUCCCUGCCGCUGAUCCCUCUCUGUCGCCGCCGCCGCCCGUUUCCUUCCUCGCUGUCGCCGCCCGUUCCCUUCCUCGCUGUCGCCGCCCGUUCCCUUCCUCGCUGUCGCCGCCCGUUCCUUUGCUGCUGCCGCUCCCUUAAGCAUCUGUAGCUGCAUUGGUUUGAAGUAUAUAUUUUUUGGGAUUGUUGAAGCUAUCCAGAAGCUUAGCAGCCUUAUUCUUACUCAAGGACCAAAACUUUGGUUGCAGGUUUUAUCGAGUGGAAGGUAUACAAAGAUGUGUAUCAAAGUCAGGAAACCUUGCCAAUAUGUAUAGUAGGCCAGUUACAAAUGAAUCUGCUGACCAGGACAGUGAGAGUGAAGAGAUUGACAUCAGGAAGAUAUUUAAAGACAUUGAAGACUUGGGUGCAUCCAAUAUGCCAUGGAAGGAGCGGAAGCAACUGGAGAAUAGAAAAGUUGUCCACUUAGCACCGCACGCGUUGAGUGUGGCAAAACCUGCUAUGAAAAAUCAGAAGAAAAGAGAGCUAAAGCAACAGGAACGGGACUUGAUUCUCAGCCGGUUCACAAGGAAUCGAUCAAGGACGGACAGUAAAGAUAGGAUGCUGAAGCCGGAGGAGCGGAUUCCGGAUACUGAAAACGAGUGAGGGAAAUUUCAGGAAAGAUGUACUGGAUGUGAGCAUCUGUUGAAACCCAGUGGUAGUAGUGCAUCCAAAAACAGGGAUGAUUUGGAUUACAAGAAGAGCCAUAAGUAGGAAAAAAGAAAAGGGAUGUUCGCACCACCACUAGAUCCAAUAAUUUAUUCAGGGAGGCAAGAACAAGAUGCUUGAAGGGGGAAUUAUCCCAUGCAACUUGUGACGUAAUAUAUAUAUAUAUGCCUCCUUAUGCAAUUUUAAUCGUAUUAAUUAUAGCAACACUCAUUCUUUAAUUAA